CUACUCAGUUGAGCCCCAAACGCUCAGCGGAAAAGUUUUGCCCCAAGCUUUCGUGCCGUGAGACACAUCCGACAAAUCGAAAAUAAAGUGAUCAUCGUUCGUUAGUCGUUUCGCCCGCCUUAUCAGCCUGACAGCCGGUCGUCUGACCCAGUGCCUAAAUACAAUAAUAUCGUGAUUAGCCAAUUGAUAAGACGCGUACCAUCUGUCUCUUUCUUUAGCCGCUUGACGCUUUCCGCCGGCGCCUCUUUUGCCUCUCAUAUUCGAUACAAAAGUUCAACGGCAUUCGGUAGAGAGUAAAUAAAACAAAAAACCAAAGCAAAUUAAUUAGUUUGUUUAUUUGGCACAUUCGUUGAUCUCCCAUAUACGAGUCGCGUGUAAACAAUACGACAAAUAGACAAAUACAACUAUACAAACAAUAGUCACAGAACAUACAGAGAAAUAUUCAUCAGAGGCACAGCAGAUCGGAGCGGAUCGGCGACAAAAUGAAUGACCGUGAAUUGAGCUGCAAUGCGGGCGGCCAGUUUAUGGAUCGCGGACGAAUGAACCAGAAUGGCGUUGUCCAGCCAUUGCUAACCGAUUUAUAUCAAAUCACAAUGGCAUAUGCAUAUUGGAAAUCGGAUAAGACCGAUGAUCAGGCGGUAUUCGAUUUAUUCUUUCGCAACAAUCCAUUCCAUGGUGAAUUCACCAUCUUUGCUGGCCUCGAGGAGUGCCUCAAAUUCCUGGAUAGCUUCCACUAUUCACAAAGCGAUAUUGAAUACCUUAAGCAAACACUGCCCGAGGGCAUUGAGAUUGAGUUCUUUGAGUACUUGGGCAAUCUAACAGCGCGCGAGGUCACCUUGUUUGCCAUUGAUGAGGGCACUGUGGCAUUUCCACGUGUGCCCAUCAUUAAGAUUGAAGGACCGCUGAUUAUUGUGCAGCUACUGGAGACCACGCUCCUAACUCUAGUCAACUAUGCUAGUUUAAUGGCCACGAAUGCAGCCAGAUAUCGCAUGGUAGCUGGCAAACAUGUCAAACUUUUGGAAUUUGGACUGCGUCGUGCCCAGGGACCAGAUGGUGGCCUAUCCGCAUCAAAAUAUUCCUACACAGGUGGCUUUGAUGGCACCUCCAAUGUUCUGGCUGGCAAACUCUUCAACAUACCCGUCAAGGGCACCCAUGCCCAUGCCUACAUCACCAGUUUCAGCAGCAUUGGCGAGCUCAAGACGCGUCUGCUCAAGCACAAGAAAACGGGUGUCAUGGAGGAUCUGUUGGAGCAUGCUGUACGACAUCGUGGCAUGUUGUCCCAUGUCUUGGAUGUCUCAACGGAGGAGUCGAGUGAGGGCGAACUGGCGGCUAUGGUCUCAUAUGCCAUUGCAUUUCCGGAUGGAUUUAUGGCACUUGUCGAUACGUACGAUGUUAAGAGCCGAGAAACAGAACAACAACUUACACAAGAUCUUCCAUCGGGUAACCAAAAUGAUAGCAAAUCCAAAGACAGCAGCAGUCCGUCAAAGCCACAGAGCACUGUCAAUGGACAGAAAAAAAUAACUUAUGGCAAGAGCCAAAAAUCAGGCAGCAAUGGACACAAGUCACACAAUCACAAUGGCCAUCAGAAUGGUAUUGCUGCACAGAAUAUUGUUGGUGGUGGUGGCGGCGGUAUUGGUGGUAGUAGAUCGCCCGUUAAAGAUACUCUAAAUGAAACGAAUCUCAGCACAACAACAGCAACAGCAACAAAAAGAACAAGUGCAACAGCAACAACAACGUUAACAAGAACAACGUCCAAUGGGACGGCAUACCUACCAAAAUAUGUCGAGAAGUCAUUCAGGAGCGGGCUGUUGAAUUUCAGUGCCGUGGCUUUGGCCCUCAACGAUUUGGGUUAUCAUGCAUUGGGCAUACGAAUUGAUUCCGGGGACUUGGCAUAUCUCAGCUGUUUGGCGCGAGAGACCUUCGAGAAGGUGGCCGAACGCUUCAAGGUGCCAUGGUUCAAUAAGCUUACAAUUGUGGCCUCAAACGAUAUCAAUGAGGACACCAUAUUGAGCUUGAAUGAGCAGGGACAUAAGAUAGAUUGCUUUGGCAUAGGCACACAUUUGGUGACCUGUCAGCGUCAGCCUGCCUUGGGCUGUGUCUACAAGCUGGUGGAGAUCAAUGGACAGCCGCGAAUCAAGCUGAGUCAGGAUGUGGAGAAGGUCACCAUGCCGGGCAACAAGAACGCCUAUCGUUUGUACAGUGCCGAUGGACACGCACUCAUUGAUCUGCUGCAAAAGGUCUCGGAGCCGCCACCAGCUGUGGGCCAAAAGGUGUUGUGUCGCCAUCCGUUCCAGGAGUCAAAGCGCGCCUAUGUCAUACCCUCGCAUGUGGAAUCGCUGUACAAAGUGUACUGGAAGUCGGGCAAGAUAUGCCAGCAGUUGCCGACGCUCGAGCAGGUGCGCGAAAAGGUGCAAAUCUCAUUGAAGACGCUGAGGAAUGAUCACAAGCGUACGCUGAACCCAACGCCCUAUAAGGUUUCGGUCAGCGAUAAUCUGUACAAUUUCAUACACGAUCUGUGGCUGCAGAAUGCGCCCAUUGGCGAACUCUCAUGAUCUAUAUAAGGAUAAGGGGAGCGACCGACCGACCGAAGCAGAGAAAACAUUUCCGAAGAAAAACGAAAAAACAACGUACUUUAAUUUGACGUAGAACUGUUCUCGCUCAUCAUCCCAGAGAAGUAAGAUGAUUCUUUUUUUUAGUCAUUUGCUGGUCAUAUGAAUAUUCUAGAUUUUGUUGGAAUAGAAUUUUGGGUUCUAUUUUUUUUCGAACAGAAAUUCCGAACAGAAUUCGAAUUUUCUUGCGUUUACUUCACUUGUUAAGUCGAUUUUAAUUUGUUUAAAAAUUAAAUAAUUGCUAACUAUCCAUGUAUGAAACGCACAUUAUAUUCAGGAAUGUGUCCAGGUGCCUUAUCAAACGAAAAAUAAUCAACCAAGAGAAAAGUGUAAAACUCAGAGCAAAAAGCAGAGCAGAAGCAGCGCAGAGUGCAGUGAGAUGUAUCGAGAUGUAUUUAAUAGAUUUUUUAGUACUUAAGUGUUGAUAAAAUGUUGCGCUAAUUAACGAAAGUUAAAAAAGUACAAAUGCUGCUUAGUAUCUACAUUUUGCAUGCAAAUAUAUAGGGCACACAUACAAGCACACGACCCACACACCAGCACACACCUAACUAUAUAUACAUAUACUCUAUAUAUAUAUAUAAACGAUAUCUUACUUUACAUAUUAUGUUUAUGUAUUUAACGUAUAAAAUGCAAUUGUAAAUAUGUUCAAAAUUUAAUAAUUAUAAGUCCCCAAAAUGUACGAGUAGACGCCACAACGCCCAUCCAAAGCACUCGCAGCAUACCCUACGAUACCCACAGAACCACCCAAAUAAAACCCCCACUCAAAGACCGCUUCAAGGAAACAAAGAGAACAUAAAACCAAACUUCAAACUGUUGCCUGUAGUUUUGAUCAAAAAUAAAACAAAAUAAGCUGAAGGAAGCCACGAAA